AUGCGCAUGCCGCAGCAGCGGCGCUACAGCGUCGCUACGCCUGUGGAUAUCUAUGGUCACGGGCAACGGCAACAAGGUGGGUUUGACGUUGGAUUACUUGAACUUCUUAUAUGGCUCAGAAUAAUAUUUUACACUGUUUUUAUGAUAGUUUUCUUUGUCUCACAGUCAGAUGAAGGUAGAUGCCAUCAAUUUCGGGGUCGUGUUCUUAUGAAACUUGGUGAGGAAUAGGGGUAAAGUUUUCUGAAGGCCUUUUGCGGCGUCAAAGAAACUCUGAUUUACCAAGUAGCCAGAACGAAAAAAAAAUUUGGCUUUAUUUUACAUUUAGUAUUACAUUUAGCGCUUACAAGAACCGCUGAGAUUUCCGGAGUAAGCUAAAUCUUUGAUAAUUUACAUUUACAUGUAUGCGACUGAGGUAAAAUGUCUACCAAAAAAUUUGAAGUCGAUCUGAGCUCACAGUCUCUUAGUUUUAUUAUAUAUUUCGAUUUUCUUGUCUGAAAAAACACCCUCACGUCAAUCCAGCGCAUUUCCUGAACCGUUUCGAAACUUCGUAUCGUUUUUAUUGUUUAAAAAGAGAGACGAAAUGCCGCGAAAUUAUCGGCACGCCUGAAAUAAUUGCAUUUUUUCGAAAAGGAAGAAGAAAAAUAAGAAAAUGCGUUUUAUCGGAUUGUGACAUUUCGUUUUGAACGAAUCACCAAAAAGGGGCGGAAUUUUUUCUUCCAUUUUGUAUUGAAGCGACCCUCUCCUUCCUUGCGUUUUUUUAUAACUUCAGAAUGGUUUAUUAACUUAUCCAAGAUACUGUAUGAUAUGUAGGUUUUUAUAAGUGCAUUCCGACAUAUCACACGACGAGUGGGUUUCUGGUGUUCCAGAAAACACCUUGGAAUUUUAAAAAAUAUAUGACAAACACCCUGAACACUGUAACCGUUUUUUCUUUUAAAACAUCACUGGAUUUAAUGCACUGAGCACCCACGGAAACAUGACACGCUCUUGCCAGCUAAUUACCCUGUAAAUUGCUUUACUUUGCCGCUUUAUCCCAGGCGUAUUUUUGUCCGUUCCUGUCGCUGAACGCUCUCUUUGGUCUCCGAACGGAGAUUGGCUUAUUUAAGGGUCGAAAACGGAUUUUUCCCCGGGGCGGAGAACUUAAUUAUGCGUUCUGAUUCCAGCACCGUGCCGUGGCUGGAACGAUGCUCAUUACGAGAGCGCGCGGGGUUCGUUUCCGGAAGGCUUUGGCAAAAAUGUUUGCAUUUUUUUCAUGAAGUUUGGACUCUUGGACUCUGUUUUUGCAUUUAAAUAUCACAAAAGUAACAAGUUUUUAAGUCUUUAGUCAUCAGCAGUUUAACAAAUUCGGGGUUAUCAUCCACGUAUUUUACCAUAUACCCUCCAUAAUCACGCCCAAAAUACCUUCAGAAACGCCAUUAAAUUGCAGCGUUUAAUUGAUUGAAUAUUCCCACCUCCUAAUUACCUCACUUCUCCUCAUUGUAAACCCUAAACAUGCAUUUGUAAAGCCAUUCAAUUCCCAUUGAAAGGUCUUUUAUUCCUGCCCGCAAAGAACUGAUCGUGAGUUCUUUGUGAUUAAUUAAUUUCUUCUGGAUACUACUUUAAACUGGGUGGGAAAAACUUCUCCGGACAAAUGUUGAGACACUCGUUCUAAAGGUUUGAACGGUCUGACCAAAAAAACUACUGUAUUCCGUACUACUUCUCUAUUACACUCUAAAACAGAUUUCUGAAAGGUUGGAGAUUUUGAUCUAUAAACUGUCCCUUGAUAAAGUAUUGGGCAUUGUUUACUAGCUACUGGGAGUUGAAGAGUUUCAAUUGCUUGAACCCUAUUUUGACCGUGGAAUGUUGUGCACCAAUAUUUGUAAGGAUUUUUAAAACUUUUCUUCAGUUUAUCAGCGAGGUGUUGGAAUUGUGACGUUCGAAUGUUGAUAAUUUUGGCAGAAGCUCAUAGAAUAAAACCUUUAUUGGCAUUUACUACAAUUUCAGCUCGCAUUAUAGAGUAUGAAGACAUUAUUUCUCCAAAUAAGUCAACCAUUGUCACGAAAAGUUCGAAUUUUGCAUUAUACGGGCAUAUGGCGAGAAUACUCUUCAAUCUAUUCUCAAGCCUGCGGAGAUUUUAUGAUCUGCUCUUGCAAAAAAAUCAGAAUAUUUCUAGCUAAACUUGAAUUCAACCCUUUAAAUUUUUUUUUCAAAAUAAAAAAUCCCGAUUUCUUCCAGCCUCCAAAACAAUCCAUUUACCCCACAUUUGCCUUUACAAUACUCCAUUUUUUCACUCCACAAAAGAAUUCGGCUAACUGAAUGACCUCAUUCCUUACAUUACUCAUCCCCCGUCUUUGUGUCGCUCUUCCGGUUUCUUUCAAUUAUUUUACGUAACCUAACUUUUGCCUCAUUUACUGCUAGUUUUGGCGAUUACUCAGACGACGAGUUUUCGGGUAGCGGGAAAAAAGCCCACUCUUGCAGUUUAAAAGAGGGAAUGAACUUUUUGAGGUAGUGAAAAUGAUCUUACGCUGUUAAUUGUGCGGCUGCAGGAAAAGAUGGGACUUUGUAAGUUUUUCUAUGGAUCUUAUGGGACCUUAAGGGGCUAUUCAAAAACUAAAGUUUUGUUGAAAAAUUGACCAAUUUUUUGUCAUUCGUUAUCUCCAAAUAGUCGACUUAGUCGACGCUUUACUACUGACGCAGCUCUUGCACUGUCUGACUGACACUUUUCCAUAGCUCUUCUAUUAAAUGCUACGGCCACUUCCGGCUUUCUGAGAACGAAUUGAGUGCAUGCUGCAAAACAAUAUAGGCUGACAAGUCCGCUUUUGAGUUGUUGAGUAUUUACAGUGCACUAUGAGGUAAUUUUAACCGGAAUUUGACUGCUUUAAUCGCACAGGAAGUCACAGUUGUCUCCAUAAUGAUUCUGUGACGAAAACUACCUUAAAUAGACCAGUCAAUUUAAAAAAAACUAUAUUUUCAGGCCCUUUAUAUAAUGUUAAGGCAAAAUGUUGAUGAUGUUUAAAUUAAUUUUUUAGUCGUUUCCUAACUUUGAUAAGCACUUUUAACCCUAUUUGCCCUCAUAUUUCUUCCAUUUUAUAUUACCUUUAUUUGCUUCCUCAAAAAAAAAACUGCGGGAAACCGGCUUUAAGCGAGAAAUUAUCGACCUUCCUUGCGCGCAGGUCGAGGAAACUUGAUUUUCACUCAGUUGGAACGUUAUGGGAACGAUCUUGAGGGGUUAUUUAAAAUUUUUACAAUUGAUGAAAGUCAAAUUUCCGUUUUUCGUAUACUUCUUGAUCAUUUUUGGUUAGUCAUGCUAUACGGUGUGGGCUUUCAGGCGUUCGAGUGUAAGUCAUCUUCAAAUUUUGUAUCGCAAAAUUUAAAUUAAGUUCGAAGUUUGUGACGGUAAAAGGAACGGGUUGUGGUUUUUAAAGAGCGCGACGGUCAACUAAUUUGCUUGUAACUGAUGGAAAUUUUUUGUAAUAAUAGUACGUGUUAUGUAUUGUUCUUAUAGACAAAAAGUAUUCGGGGACUCAUUAUUUCGAUACCGGCCUUCAAAAUUGUGGGUUUUCAUGCUAAUUAGUAGGCUUUGCCCCGGAAAUGCCCUUACACAAGCACUGAGAAGGAAGUGUUCAAAAAAUGCGAUGCUUUUUUUCUACAGUUUUGCACAAGCCUUCGGCGUAGGCCACAUACUGAUGCUUCAAAAUUUUAGCUCGUGUUUUGCAGGGGCGUCCGAUUUUUCAAUAACCUUUUCCAUCGAGAGGAGGGACAAAAUACUGAGAGUAGGCAGAGAGAAAAUCGUUUUUUGGCUACUCAUAUCUUUGCUAAUUUUAUGCGGAAAAAAUCGAUUUUUUUCGGAAGUCAAGCUUAUGCUUUGUAGGCCAAACCCCCCAAAAAACAGACAAUUUUUAGGCAUUCCUAAAGAUCUCACAAUCAGCCGUUACUGGGAGUUACGCCAGCCAGAAACUCCCCAUAGGCUGUUUAAAAGUGUGUCGAAAUUACUGCCAAAACUGAUCAAAUUUGAGCGAGUGUAUCAUGUUUUAUUCCCUGAAUUCGAGAGGGCUCAAAACAUACCUCGAUUUCAAGCCCAUGAUUAUUGAUCAACGGAUUAUAUCCCCGCCCAAAAUCCACUUUAUGCCCGAGCAUAACAAGCUCAUCCGCGUACUCUUCAACUCACGAGAUCCCCGUAUUUACAGCGCUUUCACAAUAUCCCAUGCGAUCUACCAUGUGCCAGAUUAUCCGGUAUCAAAACGUAGCCAAGCAGCCUUCUCUUUCAGCUCAUUUUUUCCAUAACAAGAUUUAGUUUACAACGCAAACCCAGCCAAUCAACCCACCGGGUUUUAACUUCAAAUUACGUGGGCAGUGAAUCUGCCGCCUCCUCAGUUAGGAUCUUUUGUUUUCUUCAAUUCCGACUUUCCCAAUCGGUGAUUUACAGUAAGACCUUUAUUUUUUUACGGCGACUAUUUGCUGGCAAGUUGAGUUUGGCGAAUAUUAGUGAUUUCUCAACGAGGAACUGGAAAGGGAUAGCUGGUUUUUGCUGAAUUCGGAAUAUUAUUGGUGUAAAUUUGAUAAGUGAGAUGGACGUCAGUAGAUUUGGAGAAAUUUGGGGGUUUUCUUGAAGAAAUAUGAUGGAAAAGUGUUUGGCAAUUGGCGAUAAUUAGUCGAUAUCUCUGCAAAUAUAAAUAGAGAUCAAACAUGUUCUUUGGAGCACUUACGAAUUUAGGAUUUUUCGAGCCCACUUUGUUCACUAUAACUUUAAGAAACCUCUCUAAAUCUGACAACAAACUAACCGCUGUUCACUAAAGGGGAUUUAACUACAGUGGCUGACCUGAUCCAUUGGCCAAAAACGUACCAUUUUGGAUCCGGGAAGUAUCAAAAAUGUGGCAAAAUACCUCCCUCUCCAAGUGAAAAAAAACCCCGAUUUCAAAAACGCGCCCACUCUUUUUGUGAGAGAAAAGGCGCGCAGUUCAAAACGGAGUUUUUUUUUAGUUAGAGAGGGAGGCAUUUUGCCACAUUUUUGAUACUUCCCGAAUGCAAAAUGUUUCGUUUUUGCCACUGGAUCAGUUCCCUCACUGUACUCGUAAGCAUUUUUGAUUAGUUAGAUUACCAUUGUUAGGUAACUUCUGUCGCUCCAAAGGUUCUCCGGAAAUUUACCGCUGCCCCUUGUAGCAAUUUGAAAGUAUGUACGUGGGAAGAGAAUUAAUCUUUUGUCUCCAAUUUGCAUUAAAACUCUAAAAGUUCAACGAAUUUCAGAGAAAGACAGGGCGAACUGUAAACAUUCGAUUAGAAAAUAGUACAAAACUCAACCUCGCCUGAUACAAAAAGGGCAUUUCACAAAAUUUGUCUUAAUUCUCUUAAAUUCAGUCAUUUCAAGAACUGGCGAAACUUUCUGAAGCGAAAAACAAUUGAUUACAAAAAAUAUCUUGCCCUUUUACCAGUUUUCCAACAAAGAUCAACCCACUUACAUGUCUGGUCAAAAAAUUUACUGUAAUUUUUGACCAGACAUUUUUUAAGAAGAACUUUUACAUUUUAAAACCUUCACAAAUCGUUGAUUUUUCUUUUUUUAUAACUGCCGUCUUUGAGACGUCCUUUGAGUUCUGAACGUUUCUUUUGGAAAGACAUACGUUCAGGGGUGAUGUAACUUUAUUUACCCUUUGUUUUACUGUAACAAUUUGAUCUUCCACAACAGUCUACUGAUUUUUUUAGUGAAUCAAAGUGGGAAAUUAAAAAUCACGCAAGCACGGGAGCAAUUAAUUGACUAGUAACUUUGACAAUACCAAGGAGUGAUUUUGGAGAAUUUCUCAAUUUUCUAGGGUCUACCGGCCGUAAAAAUUGAAUAAAAUCAGUGUGGUUGUAAGUGGAGGUUCGUGGAGAGUAGAGCUGGCACGUGUCUGUUGAUAACGAGAUCAUGGCUGAAAAUAGAGGUUGUUAUCAAUAAUUUGAUAGUGUUUUAUGGCCCUUUAAACACCGGACUUUCCAUUGGCGAUUCAGAUUUUACUCACAAUCAGGCUUGCUAAAACUGCGGGGAGUGCUUUCAUGAGGGUCUUAAGAGAAUUGCGCCUUGCUUUGGAGUUUUAACUCGCUAAAGCAAAGCACCAGAAAAUUCAAUCUUUGCUUUGCGCAAUGCAGGUUCGGCCUAGGUAUUCGAUAAUUUUUUAUAUCAUCUUUUUUUUGUAGGCUUCAAAUUUAGAGGUGGCAAUCGGGCUGGGCCGGCCCGGUCCGGCCCGGCCGGGCCCGGUGAUUGGGCCGGGCCGGGCCGGGCCUGAGCAGAUUUGAAAAAACCCCGGGCCGGCCUGACCGCUUCGGCCCGUCGGCCGGGCCGACACUUUCGGCCCGGCCCGGCCCGGAAGCUAGAUAAGUAAAAAAAUUCUUAAUGCUAAACCAGCAAAAUAAAGCACAAAUGCUUUGUAGAAAUGAUGGAAAUUAGAUUAAACCUUUUUUGACUUAUACGCUGUUUUACUACCUUUUAAAAUUAUGUAUUUAUAUGUAUAUGUAACUUAUUAUGUAUAUGUAAAAUCCCACCCAAAUAUGCAAGGGUCGGGCAAAAAUCUUCGAAUUUUUUUAUGAUAGAUUUAAAAAUUUCACUGUUUUGAUUCCUUGAUGUAAAUGAAAGUGUUUAAACAGUUUUUGGUUAACCAUGUACCUUAUAACGUCCAUACUUUUAUAUAGCUGACUUCCUAUAGGAUUAAAAAAUUUAACACAAUCCAACUUUUUGGCUAAUUGUAAGUUUUAGCUACCUGCACGGAUGUUCCAGUCAUCCGGCUAGACUUUUUAAUUUCGCGCAGACACACGUAAAACCUUCUGGAAAGCAUAAGAACUUCCAGUAGAAAGUCCAAAGACUUUUAUCCAACUUUUAUGUAUAGCGGGCCAAACCGGGCCGGGCCGGGCCGGCCUGGGCUUUCAUCGGGCCGGGCCGGGCCGGGCCGGGCCUGAGCAAAUUUGAAAAAGCCCUGGGCCGGCCUGGUCACUGCGGCCCGCGGGCCGGGCCGCAAAAAUCGGCCCGGCCCGGCCCGAUUGCCACCUCUAUUCAAAACAUGUGCAAAUUUUGGGUCAAUCUGUAAAUUUUGGGGUGAGAAUUGCUUAUACAACUAAAUUUUUAUAAGCGAUUCCUAGCCGUGCUUCAAAUCUGUAUCAAGUUUAGCCUGAUGGAAUGCAUGGUACUAUGUCUAUUACCGUUACAAAUAAUCUAGUCGGUGAUAAAAAUCACUAACCAAAAUUUUCAACUGAUUCCUAUAUUGUAUGUAGUCUGGGGCCUCAUUGAUUUCGUUGUAACAUCCAAUUGUUGAAUGAAAGAAGACAAGUUUUACACCGCCCAGAACCUCUCAAUCACCACCCAUUUUCCCGACUUUUGAUAGGCACAGAAUUCCUCUUCCAUUUCUCAUUCUUUCUUCUCGACCGGCUGGUCUUUACACUACCGCCUGCCCAUAAAAUUGUAAACAUUUGUUUGGUUUUUAGCCUGCAGAAUUGUGAAAAAAAAAAGAUUAUCCGCAAUUUGCUGGGGUUUCCAGAAAAAUCUGUACAAUUUGUUUAUCGCCUUGUUUACAAUGUAACUGCGUCUUUUGCUUCCAUCAAGGGCCGUAAAGUCGCUGCAAAGUAGGGUCUUAACCGUCGCAGUAAACCGAUUCCUUGUUGUUUGCCUCAAGGCGUAUUGCGGACGAUAGUAAGUUACUUUUUACACUGUGUACUGAGCAUCUGGUAGUCCAAAAUAGAGCAGUCCAAAUCAGCUGAGCGGUCAGAAAAAAACCGUUUUUCGCUGAUAUUUUUGCUAUUUUCCUGAGGGCAACUUAAUUUUUUAUGGAAACUUUGCCCUCUACAGUAUAAAUUGGGCCAAAAAAUAUGCUAAAAGCUUGCAGGGCCAAGUGUUUUGCCAAUUUUAAACCAAACAAUGGUGUUUACGGAAUAUAAACGCAAAAACAGCAUUCGUUUUCUCUGAACCGUCCAAUAAUUGCUUGAUGGCCCUGUUUAACUAGUGAAGGACAUACUCCAGAGCAUGUAAACUGCCUACGUAAUAUUUCCUGCGGUUAUGAAGAAUGGCCGUUCUUGCGAAGGCGUUCGUUUUUGGAAAUAUUUUUAAAACUUGGCGGUCAGAGAUUGGCCAAGCCUUAAAAAUGGUCGAAUUUUAUGGUAGGCAGUAAAAUAGAGCCUAUGUAUGUCCUGGUACUAAGUUAUGCAGGUUGCAGGAUAUUUCAUUAUCAAAAUUUUCCUCUGCCUUCACAUGGCUCAUUUCGUGACCUCUUAUUACCAGUUUUUUUAUCUUGAGAAUGACAAUGAACCCUAUGGCCUAUAGCCUAAUUUAUAAUAUUAUUUUCCCUCAAAAGUCGAAAAAAACACUUUUUCAAAAGAAUAAAUUUAUAAUAAAAGCGGAAGCAAUGGACCGUAGAAGAAAGCAUUGUGUUUUUUUUGACAUGACGAACCUUUGGCUACCGUAAUUUUAAGGAAGAUUCUAAAAAUCUCAAAUUUGGGAUGCUAAAAAAUGUUUUUCGUAUCAAAAUUCCUCUCAGUAUGUAUAUUUUUGCAAUCCCUUCGAUUGAGUGUUUAUGGUAUGUUUACACUUUUUGGACGAGGAAAUAUUAUUUUUGGCCGGAAGGAAUUUUGUUGAAAUUCUUUUGAAUUCCAACACUUUUCGCAUGUGAAGGCUGAGUGGGUUGAAACGACGCGGGGAAAUGCGCAUUUUUAACGGGAUCCUGGACAAUUGUACAAAUAUUUGAAGCGAGUGCGGGAAGUUUAUAAAUAUUUGAUAAAAACGUCUUAUAAUAGUACCUUUGUAGAGUAAGUUACCAUGGAAAUUAUUCCGGAAAUUUUAGGUUUUUUUAGAUUUUUACAUUUUUUGAUUAACAAAGUUUUUUUUAUACCUCAAAACUGUAAUAUCUUUUGCUGUUUGACCCUUUGACCCCAAAUCUUUUUCUCAUAUAUCCGGUUGAAUUUGACGUCCCCUGAGGCCAGGGAUGCGUGAAGAAGUGAUUCGUCUUUCUGUUGACGGAACCCAAUAUUUGCACGAAUUUGUUUGCGUUCAAAAAUUUGAUUCGGACCAAUCGGUCCACGAGGACUUUGGAAUUUGAUACUAAUAACAAAUUUUCGGAUAGUAAUUAGCUGUGGGCAGGUCCGUUUUUGUGAGUCGUCAAACUUGGCAAAGACUUAACAUUGUCUUGUGUAUAUGGUAUCUGGCAUAUAUGUUUUUACAAUAUAGAAUAAUGCUGCCACUUAUAACUUGUGCUUCAAUUUCCGACAGUUUUUCCAUCAUUUUCUCAUCUAACUUGUUCACAAUUUUAUAAUUCUUUCUCAUCAUGCUUCUUGAUGCCCUAGUGUAAUAUAAGUAAUCCUUUUCAUAACCAAAAAACACAUAAUCCAUUCUAGAAAUAACCUCAACUCUGUCCGCGGUCCCCAAAUAUGCAAAUAUCUUUCCUCCCAUGACCUUAAAGUCUUCCCAGCCAAAAAAACUUACUGACACCUGGGGGUGUUAUCAUAUGCGGUUUCAAAUUAAAAUUCAAAGUCCACGGUGAGCUUGUUUUCGCGAAAAUUCGGGGUUGGAUUGUGUUUGUGAUUCGGUUAUUCUCUCGCCGAUCAUAAGGUAACGCCGGGUCAGAUUAAGGUCUGUUCGCAGUGGGAGAGAUCUUGAAACUGAAAUUUUCUAGUAUUCUAUUAUAAAAUAUAACUUUUUGCUGUUUUGGUGAGAAAAAACCAAGUAUCUAGCUGAAGAAGCAGAUAAAGUAUUGCUAUUUUACUAUACUCGCCUGUCGGUUCAAAAAAUCAUCAACCUUUAUUACACUUAUCAGGCUGUUGGCAGAAAUGUUGGACCUCGAAAUCAGCGAGGAAAUUGGUGAGUCUGUAUCUUUUGCAGAUCCCCAUGAUAAUUUGGCGUGACUGAGAAAAGGGUAUACUUACUAUUUCCCCUAUUAUUAAGAGAGAUACUAAGUAUACAGACGUGCUAAACAGGUUGCACAACCCCUCAAUUUAUCAGUGUCUCUUGUCCUUCCGUUGAAACUCCAUAUGAUAUCCGAUUUCGCCUCUCUUUAAUUUAACGCUUGGCUCGGUUUUCCAGCAUUUUUGAUCCUUUGACGCUUGCGGGUAAAGGUUAUUCCGGCCCAAUUUUGUUAAGUGAAAACGUCAACUUGCAGUUAUUCUGGGAGGAUAAGAGUGACGGGUAUUUUUUGAAGCGGUCAUUUGAGAAUUGGCAAAUUUGCAAUUAGAUCGUAUUGGUUGUCAAAAAUUUCUGUUUCUUUAAAUUUUAGUGUCUAAAAAUCUUGAUAUUGUCCUCCAAGCACGGGCUAAGUGCAAUCUUAAUCUUCCCCGAGUUUUAUUAAAAUCCUCCACCCUCACUUUGCGAAAUCAGCCAAAAAAUUCUGAAGAUUUCUUGACCAUAAAGCAUAUUUUUUGACCUUCUAAUCUUUUGAUUUGAAGCACAAAACAGAAUGCUUACGAAUCACCGAAAAAGGAGUUGUAGAAACCUUCGGAAUUUGUGGUUUCAGACAACGGAAAUUGAGCGCAAAAAAAGACUUCGAAAUGCCUUUAGGGGAUGGGUUUGCGUGGGGGAUUUUGUCAAAAAAAAAAACCGGAGGAGAACAAGAGCGUCUCGUGGGUUAAUUGAUAUUUAUUUAUCAGGGAAUGGGAGUUCGAGGAGGGGAAUUUAAUUCCGCAUUUCGUUUUUAAAAAACCGCUGAUCAAAGGAGGGGGUGGCCAAAAAUUUAGGGGACUGUGGUUGGAGGUGUCGGUAACAAAAAUUGAUGAUUUUGGGGUGUUUUGGCCAAGUUCGGAUGCAUAAAAUUGACUCGGAUUUUGAAACCUGCGAUCACAAACUAGCUUAUAUUAGAAUGUCAAAAGCUAUGAAAACUACUAUUAUGUAUAGCUAGUAUAUAGCCGAAUUGCGCUGCGAGAUCUCGCUAAAACUUCCAAAAUCUCCGUCCACCCCCCUCUAUGAUGUGAAUCCCAUAAAUUGAAUUAUCCCGCAAAUAACACGGAUAUUUCCUGACACUACUCCGUCUGCUAUACGUUUUUCCCUCAGGCAGAUAUGUGUAAUAUUUGCAAAAAAACAGAUGGUCGAUUUCCCCAAACAAUCCCCGUCCAAAUUAUUUAUUGCUAAUCAAAUAACGGGCGUUUAAUUUUUUUGCCUCCGAAAAAAUGGUUUGACCAAAAAUUGUUGUACCAACGAUACGAAUACCUGACUUUCGCGCCCUUUUAGUGGUGGCGAAAUGGUUGGGAAAUCACCCUCUUUUACUGAGUAACUUCAUUUUCUUUUUACAACCUACUGGUUUCCAGUUUCGUCGAGAAAAAACGUGAAUUUCCUUCAAGAGUUAGUUCCUGGGGGAGGCGUAUAAAAAGGAGGCCAAGAUAAACUUGGAGAGCGGUCAAUGAUUAGUCUGCACGCAAUGUUUUGUCUGUAAAGGAGUUGCUAAUGCGGCUAAUAGUAAGAGAGAAUAUCUGCGGAUUACCGUAAUUCUGGCUACGAAUGACUUCUGUACUUUCCGUUCCAUUUUUUAGGAAAAUUGGAGAAUCUGUUUUGGUCUAUGUUUGGGUGUCUGUCCAACAAAAAUUUCGAGGCCAUAGGAGACCAUUGAGAACAAAGGGUUCUUGGAGCGUGGAACUCGUGUUUUUGCCAAAAAAAAACCACAAAAUUCUUGUAAAAAAAUUAUUUUUGGCCUUAAUAAGACUUAUGGUUCCUGCUGGUGUUAGUGUCCUAUAAUAAAUGGGCAAAAUUGAGUAAAUUACCCUUUUAUUACCUUAUCUUUAGGUCUAAAAAUCCUUGCUUUAUUCUAAAACUCACUAUUUACAUAUCAGACUGCUUAAUGUGCCCUUAGAAAAUUCUCUUAAAAUUGUUUUAUGUUAAGAGUUCAGUUGACCAGACGCUUAGUCUAACGUGGCUGUUAUUUCACGGUGCUUUGCUCAUCGCUACAAUUUUUAAACCCUAAAGUGGUUGUUGAACCCUGGGCGGUAAACAAUUAAUCAAGAUAAUCUAAAUGGAAGCUGUAAGCUUCCUGUUUAUAGUAUUUCGCGAGUUCAGCCGAGAAUUUGAACUUUCAAGACUCUGUGGACGUAAAGCCACGGAUUUUUGUUCCACGGCGGCUUUUGUGGCUUGCCGACCUUGUCGUUAGAAUGGCUUUGAAAUCCUAAACUUUUGUCUGCUUACGGAUUAAGAAAUUUGAUUACGGAAAAGUACUGUAGUCUGGCCACCUUCCACGGCACUUCCUCUCUCCGAAGUUAUAUUUUUGGCCAUCUGCAUGAAUCUGAACUAAUAUUAUACAUGACAUCAGAUCGACCUCAGCCCUCUCCGUCUCAUUUUUUACUUUCUUGUUUGAGAAUUUUUUGCGCACUGAUUUAUGACGAUUUAUGACAUCCUUUCCAGAUGAUUACAUUUUUCUCGUCGGGGUUGGAAUAGUUCCUCCCAAUUCAUCAUAUUUUCUGGAGGGAUGCUACGUGAGCCAUGAUGACUUGGCUUAAUGGCCACCUUCUUGUCUAUGAUUCAAAUUGCAGGCGGUUUGUUUGGAUGUGGGGGUUAUGAGCGGGUCAUGAAGAGGAUUACACGGGAUUUUAUGAGAGUUUUUGCCCGGAUUUUUGAUUUUGACCCAUUUCUUUGUUGUUGCACAUAAACAGAAGGUGAUUUUUAUCAUCCACCGGCUUGUUUAACCUACAAAUUCUUUGCCUUCUACUUUCAAACUUCUUCUCCUUCCAAUUUCUUAUGAAACCAUCAAAGAGCACCCAUUAGCACAGACUACCGCAUUCCUCUCUCCUCUUGACACUGAUAUCCGCCUCGAACGGCGAUUAUCGACGUUAAUUGAUAAGCGAGUGAUCAGUCAGCCGCCUUCGGCGAAACUCUACCUUGUGACUUCGGUUCGGACACUUGGGGUUCUGACUUCUUUGUUUACUCGAUAUAAGCCCAAGAAAGGCGGGAUUUCUCGCGAAACCGGGCUUUAAAUAUCACUUUGAACGGCUUCUUGCAGGGUUUGUGGUAUCUUCGAAGAUGAGGUAUUUAGCUAUGAGUUGUGUUCUGGGGUUGAGUUGCAAUUUUGCAAUGAUUUUUACAGGCUUAUGACCUUCUUUAUCUUUUGUUUAUUUUGACAAAAACCAGUGAAUUUUUGAUUUAGAUUUGCUUUAAGAAUGCAUCAAGAUGACCCACAAAAAAUCAUUUUUUUAAGAGUCUAGAGGACAGUAACUCAUUCUAAGCAGUUUAGGAGCCAUUGCCAUACCAUUUACGUCCAAUUUUAUCCUCUUUUCCUUCUCAUCCUCUUACAAUCUUCUCCCAUUAUUGUAAUGUGCAAUCUCCGUCCAUCCCAAUUUCCGCAAAUAUUCAUGCACUGGAACGGGUGUGAUCGCUUAUUACGACAAACAACACCGCAGAUUUCUGGUCUUGACAAUGUUUUUCACCGUCAAUUUUAUGAUAAGAGCUUUGUUAUUUUGCGGUGUUUAACAUAACUCGCUUCUGCAAAGGGGAACGAUCUCUGUGUAAGCCAAACGAAUAGGGAUGGGGGUAAUUUACGGUGGUCUGGUUAGCAGAUUGUUUGCAUUGGUAUGACGGCUUCCUCUACAGUAAUAAGGGCCGUAAUAAGCUAAGCGUUCAACAGGCCAAUUUCUAGCGAUUUAUAAGCCGUUAGACAUGGUUUAUUAUAAAUAAAUUUUGUUCCUCCUCAUUGCUUGAAGUAGUAAUUUUCAUUGCUUUGUUAACAACCUCCAGAAAUUGCAUGUUUUGCACCUGUAGUACGUCCCUUACAUUUGGCUUGGUUUUUACGUACAAGUUUAAGCAAUUUUUUGCCCGUAGGCAGUCUGCAUUUUAAUUUUUUUGCUGACAUUUAUUCCGUAUAUCUUUUAGACUCUUCUGGCCAUAACUUCCAGGUAAUAAGAUUAAUCCCUUCCAUGAUAUGACCGUUAUUUUAAUCUUGGAUCCCUUUCUACUUCUGAGAAUUUUUCCCAAUCUUCAAACCCUUAAUCUUUGCUUUUUUCCACACUUUCCUCUUGCAGGUGAUUUUGAACGUCUCGUAGACUGUUCUGCUCAUAACUUCCAGGCUAUUGUUCCUUCUCCUUUUUCAAUGUAUCCAUUAUAUUCAGCUUUGUCUUCGCUUUCGCUGAACCCCAAAAUUCCCUGUCAUCUUCUAUCUAAAUCCCGUUUCCACUCAAAAAGCUGUGUUAUCCCAAAGUACGAGCGGGUUCCAGGGUUCACCGGGCAAUUUCCAACCGUAUUGUUUUUGGUAUUCCUUGGAAUUGGCGCCUAGACGACAGCUGUAAAGAGCUUGACGCACUUCCCCCCGCGAACUUGACAAUAAUUCGAAUGGUCUGUAUACUUAAUAGCUGUCUUUAUUCCGUUGACUUUAGUCUGGCCGCUCCUUUGUGAGGUUAUGCGAUUUGCAAGCGCUAUUAUAAACUCAGCUGCCUAAAUGUUUUCCCGUUUUUGGGCCUUCUUACUUGGAAAGAAAACAGGGAUUUAAUGCUGUUGACACUGCGAUUAUGUUGUUUACUUGAGAACACGUGCGAAAUUGGCGAAUUUCUCUCCCAAAAACGCAUCCAAUAUCUCGCGGUUCUCGGGGCGUAUUUUUGAAACUUUUAUUCGUGUUCAAACACCCGUAACUCACCAAUCUAUCGUUUUUAUGCCAGUUCAAAGUGCCCCUCUUUUCGUGCGGGGAUUAAGCGGCCAAAUAAAAAUAGCCGUUCUUUUGUCUCGGAAUGCCGCGGGGGAUUCGGACGUCUCCGAAUGGGAGCGGCGGGAAAUGUUUUUGGUGUUAUCGUUGUCGCGGGAGAUGAUUCUGAAAUUUCCGGAAGAUUUUUAAAAAUGAUGCUAGAUUUUUUUGUCGUCUGGCCGAUUUUUUAAAAGUCCUUAGUUUUAUAUUUUUUCGAGCAAAUUGAAAUUCCUUCACCUCUUAUUUCUAUCAAAAAGGAUGACGAUUUUCUGGAUUUCUUGUGGUUAUCGUGACUCCAGUAUCAAUCACGAGGAACUGCCCAUAAAGCGCUUAGGAUCUUCAUUGUUAAUUGCUGUUUACAUUAUCUUUUUUUCUCCUCUGGUCACUUACAGUGCAAAAUUGGUAUGAUCGCGUUUUAAGCUCCGAACGCCGUUGUCUUUUUUCCGCAUUUCCAACAAUGAAAUUUUAUGUGAAAAGUGCCAAAAUUACAAAAGGAUUGGCCAUUUGGCAUUUUUUAUUGUUUGUGUAUUUAUAAUCGGCUUUUCUCAGUGUCUGAUCCGUUGUAACGGAUUAUAGGUCUUUGAGGUCUUUUUUGCACUUUACAUAUAGCUAAUUCCAUAUAUGGUCUUUUUGAAAAACACGAUUGGACUUAUUAUGACAUAUUUUUUUGGAUGAGGACUGUACUUAAUGUUCCUGGAAAAGAAAAUUUUCUAGUUUUCGAUUUUUCAUGGUCAAAUGACGUUAUUAAAAAGUUUUGUGUCUCCUCAAAGAAAAAAAAUCGUCUGAAGUUCCUAAAGUUCCAGACUUUUUGUGACUUCCUCAAUCUUUUUGUUUUUUUCCGGUUCAACUGCCAGUUUUAUCAUCUUAUUUAACCAUUUUUUUAUUAAUUCCUUCAAUUUUUCAGUGAACUCCAAAUUCCGCAAGAGAACGUCCACAUUCCCGGAGCCCAAAGCCAAGUUUUCUCCGGCCAAGUGCUUGAAUCAGGAGAAACGAAGACUGGACACCAACAAUAAUCGGACAGCGGACGAGAUGCUGGGCGAGGACAAGAAGACCGGCGCGAAGAAGCGCAAGCUGUUGACGAAGUUGUUCCGUGUCCUCACGCUGAAAGGUGGGCUGGAGUUUUUGAGAUUUUAUAGGGCUAGGUUUGACUGUAAAGUAGUCAAUUUGAUAUCAGUAAGUCCUAAGGGCUGUAGAAUUAACAUGUUUGUCAAAAAAUGCCGUUUUAAGUUUAUUGUGAGAAAAGUCGAAGGUUAAGAUCGAAAAAAGCGUCAUUUUAGUGUUAAUUCUCCAUUAUUAUCUUUUGUCUGCGCCUGCGCUACUUUUUUUUACAUUUUUAUCUACUCCAUUUUACCAGGCAUUAACCUACAGCUCCCUUGUUGCGAUUUCAAAAUCAGAUUCACAUGAUUUUCAUCCAUAAAAUUACUUUUUUUCCGUAGUUUCUAACUUCUUUCUCCCCCCGUCAUUAUCUUUUUCGUAAAAAAUCAAUCAACACUGAAUUUGACGUAGAUUACGACUUGUUCCAACGGGUUUCAUGACGCACUUAAUCAUCGAAUUGGCGUUUUACGGGGUCUAUUUUUAUAAAAAAGGGGUUCGUAAUGUCGUAAAAGACCGUGACUGGAAAAAUAAGCCUAUAAAAGUGUAAAAUACGAAAUUCUAAAUUGUAGAAAAAUAAUUUCACAGUUUUUGCAUCGCCUGAAGCAAGAUUAUGCAACUUUUUUCAGUCUCUGAACUUCCGAAUUCAGUUGAAAAUUUGAUUAUCUUUGACCGGAGAUUGGAUAUUCUUUUAUCGACAAAUAAUAUUAUGUCAUUCAUAAUUUUUUGGCCAAAAAUAGACUCCUUCUAUUUAUGGAGAAGCCUUUGAAAUAAAAUAAUUGAAUUUUCGAUACGAAUGUUUUGGCUGGCAAAAAAAUUUUUCUUUUCAGAUCUUAUAAAACAGUUGUUACAGUACUCCAAAAAAUACGGAUGAAGAUUUUUUUGUUUUCUCGCACUUCCGACAAUAAUAUUGUCUUUCCGAGCUUAUUGUCUUUACUUUUUUUAUUUUUGGAAGUAAAACAAGUAAUAAAGCCAAAGCGGAAACCUAUUACAAUGUUCCCGAGAUGAACUGUGUUGAUAGGGUAGUGUUAUAAACAAGAUAGCAAAAUAUUUUUUUGCACUGUGCAAAAUAUUUUUUUUUUGAUAAGCUUAGAUUGCGAUAAGACUCAGGAGAAAAUAAGAUAAAGAUUUUUUAAAAAGCAAGGAAGAUUUUUUAGAAAGCGUUUUGCAGAAAUAUUUAGAAUUUUUUUUUCUAAUUUUCAGCAAAUUUUUUUAGCUUCUCUAUUAGGAAAUACGUUAUUUGAUGUGUGGAAUACAAUAUUUCUACUUUAACAUGAAUUUUUUCCUCGCAAAAUUUACAAAACUUUCGUCUAAAAACGCAUUCUUUUUUUUGUCUGACCGUCUCUCCUAAUUUUCCAUAGUCUCUCGUUGGAUGAAAAAUUGAUCAAAAAUUCAAAGAACUUUGAAUCUUUCCGAGAAGAACACCUCAUUAAGAGGCUUCAUUAAUUUUUCUUCCAACAAAUGUUUUCUCCAAUCACUUGUCACUACAGUAAUCACUUGAACAUGUUCAUCAGCAACUUGUUCACAUGUCUCCGAACAUGUGAACUAGAAAAGAAAAAAAACGGUUGUUUGAUGGGCUGUGGCGUGAUAAUGCGAAUGACUAAUGAGAGCGAGUAAUUGAGUAGUGGAAAAACAUUGAAGAAAGUGGUUUGCUGAACCGGGGUUCCGAUGACGACAAAGUUAGUGGGCUUAUAGUUAUGAAAAAUAAAAUGUAGAAAAACGUAGAUGUUGUUUCAUGAACGACGAGUCACCGGAAGUGAGGCGAUCGUUCAAAUUGUUGACCUUUUUGUUGUUUGUUGUCUGGUUGGCGAAGAAAUCAGAUGUUCGCGUGUUUAAGAUUAAUGUGACCGGAAGUCCAUAAGGUUUUAAGGUUCCGGAGGCAAAAAGAAUGCUAUAGUUGAGACCUUUUUGUCUGGGGAUUUAUUACAGCUUCUAGGUGAUCCCAACGAUCUCAAAAACUUUUUUGUCAUGGGUUAGCUCCUCGGCUUGCACAUUCACAAUCAAGGAAUUAAAAAAAACCCCCAUUAAAUCACCGAGGUUGUUAUCGAAGGAAUAAAGCUCGUCAUCGUUUUUUUCCAACGAAUUUUUAUCUCUGGUCACUCCCCGAGAAACUCACGAGGUUUGUAGAUCAAAGAAUGCAAAUCCAUUUCCGAUUGGUACGACCAAUGAGUCGGAUUAGUUUCUUAUCAUCUCGAAACAUGCCUAGGGGUCUAAAUUUGGAAAAUUGGCGAUAAAAUAAGAUUCGUACGAAUAAUUUUUUAAUUUUUUGUGGCUAUCGGUUUUCUAUGCUUCUCCAAUUUUUCUACUUCAAAAUCACUCCAAUCCAGUCUUUGGUCGAUUAGCCGCAAACAAUCUUCAGCUCGCAUCAACUGCAGUCUAAUCGAAUUAACCUUCUUUCCGCUGCAGGCUGCCCUUUUUAUUAUUUGCUUCGUAAAGAGGACCAUUCCUUUUUCACGUGGCCAGGAAAAGUAAUGUCUUAAGAAUCCGACGCAUUUGUUGUUUUCUGUUUACGACACAUUCAGAGAUCAGUCGGUUCUUUGUCUUUUUUCCAGUUAUCAAUUGAUUCUAGAAGGGCAAACUUUGGGGGGAAGAGCGGGGGGAGGAACUCUUUAAAGAUCGCUCGGAAAGGUUCUAGAAAUUUUUCGCAUUUUUGGACGCUGCAGCUCACAUGAAAACGUCGUAAAACAACUAUGGGUAGUGAGUUUUUUUGAGAAAAAUUGUGAAAAAAAAAUCAUGAAAAAAAAUUUCGUCAAAAAAUAGUCUCAAAAAACAUCUGACGGUUGAAAACACCUUACAAAAUUUGGAUCAUUAACUCCGAUCAAAAACGUCUUCUUUAGCAAUAUUUUGAAACAAAAAAAAUCGCAAGAGCAAAACAAGCUUCAAAGAUUGCCCUGUUGUUCACAUGUUCUGAUAACUGUUUUUCAAAGAUUCGUGAUCUUUGCGAAGCGCGGGCUGUUUACCGCUGCAAUAAUAAAAAGUCAAUUCCCUGGGCUAUUUUGGGUGUUACUUUACUGUAAUGUGUGACUGAUGAAACAAGGCUGUAUACCGGGUCCCUAUUUAUAUUCUAGGUUAAUGAUUCCCUCGGGCAUUACUUGCAUUUCAAUUGAAAAAUUGCUUUAUUCCAAUUGCAUAGGCUACAAUUUACAAUUUUUCCCAUUUUCCUGCAAAAAAUUGAUCAAUUCUUUAAUAUUUUUUUUUCUCUGCCGUCUCUUCACUCUCCCCACUCUCUCUUCUCAUUACACUGUACGUUGUUUCCGUAUUUCCGGGGCAUUCCGGUACUUGUUGUCCCCCACACAACAUCCACAUGAAUGGGCGUGGCCUCUUUUAUUGCGCAACGAUCUCAAUUCUGAAGAGAUAUCGCACAAAUCAAAGAGACGCCCGGCAAAAAGGCCUUUGGGAGAUCGCUGAUCAGUCUCGAAAGUUCGUAAACAAACAGAGUGUGGAAAUGAGAGGCGGUAAAGAAUCAGCAAUCAGUUCGCUGGAAGAUAAGAGAAAAAGGCGGCGAAACAGUUAUUUGUUCGGUUCAAAGGUGUCGCUUAUAUAAGCCGGCGGGUCCCUGGAACGAACUGUUAUUCUGACGCGCUCCAAACGUGACUAUUAACUUACUACGCAAUUGUUUUUGAGUACAGAGCAAUUUCAACCGCUAUUCAGCCAAUUAUUCCACUGUUCUAAGGGUUAUAUCCAGAAUAUAGCCAUCCAAGUGACUAAUGCUAGACUGCGAUUCUGAUUUGAAGCUUUUGUCAAAGAUGAUGACCGCUAGCCAGUCGUUACUCAUUGCUCAAAUGGACCCGCUAAGCUUGGCGUGGCUGAAAAAGUCGUUAGUUAGGCGGAUGAUUGAAUUGGCCGAAAUGCAACAGCCAGGUUAGUAAAUAUGCCGAUUACUGUCUAAAUAGAACACAUCUAGCCCACAGAGCUUACUGAUAUCAUGAAUAGGGAACAAAUUCAGUAUAGGUCUCUGAAAAGGCUGUUUUAUUCAAUUUUAACCUUGAAUUUUUCAGAUAUUUCCGUUGGCAAGACCUACCCUCGUGACUACCGCGCCAAGCACGCUUCAGCCAAGCGAAAGCGCGCUCGUCAUAGCCAAUCCUCAACCCUUUCGAACUACGAACCCAUGCCUACGAUCCUCGAAGAAUCGGAUUCGGAACUGGCCUCGGUUCAAUCGACUGUUCAUCGGUUUAGCGGUCUACAUGUAAGCCCUUCAAACAACACGUUAACUGCCGCGUAA